GUGACUGCAUUCCUCUCAAGGAUGGCAGACGAGGGGCGGUUUGAGGGGUGUGCUCGCGGCUUCAUGCAGGGCUGCUCUUGGGGUAUGCUUUGCGGCGAGUCGUAUUUCGGUGUCAUCAAGUCGUGCUGAGCUGACGGGAGCGCUCUUCGUGGGCAGCUGAGUCGCCAACAGUUUGUUCGGAAGCGAGAAAGCAGUCCGUAAAGCUCAAGAUGCCGCCGGCAAAAGGGGACGGGAUGCGUGGCCUGGCCGUGUUUAUUUCCGACAUCCGCAACUGCAAGAGCAAGGAAGCCGAAACGAAGCGAAUCAACAAAGAAUUAGCCAACAUUCGGUCAAAGUUCAAGGGCGACAAGACGCUGGACGGCUACCAGAAGAAGAAGUACAUUUGCAAGUUGCUGUUCAUCUUCCUUCUAGGGCACGACAUAGAUUUCGGUCACAUGGAGGCGGUAAACCUCCUUAGUUCGAACAAAUACUCCGAAAAGCAGAUAGGAUACCUUUUCAUCCUGGUGCUUAUGAAUGCCAAAGACGAACUCAUGCGCCUUAUCGUGCAGUCCAUCAAAAACGACCUGGGGUCUCGCAACCCCAUUCACGCCAACCUCGCUCUUCAGUGCGUCGCCAACAUGGGCAACGUGGAGAUGGCCGAAGCGUUCGGCCGCGACAUUCCCAAACUAUUGGUGUCUCCUGACACCAUGGACCAAGUCAAGCAGAGCGCCGCGCUGUGCCUCCUGCGCCUUCUCCGCACCCUGCCCGACGUCGUGCCCGGGGGCGAGUGGACUUCGCGCAUCAUCCACCUACUAAACGACCAGCACCUGGGCGUCGUCACAGCCUCUGUCAGCCUUAUCGACGCACUGGUCAAGAAGAACCCGGAGGAGUACAAGGGAUGCAUUCCUCUUGCCGUGUCGCGGCUGAGUCGCAUCGUGAACGCCUCGUAUACGGACCUGCAGGACUACACCUACUAUUUCGUACCGGCGCCUUGGCUGUGCAUGAAGCUGCUGCGGCUGCUGCAGAACUACCCGCCUCCCGAGGAGCCUAGCGUGCGGGGUAGGCUCAACGAGUGCCUCGAGUCUUUACUCAACAAGGCGCAGGAACCGGCCAAGUCGAAGAAAGUGCAACACUCGAACGCUCGCCACGCUGUGCUGUUCGAAGCCAUCUCGCUUAUUCUGCACAUGGAUCGGCUUGGAGCGCUGCCUGAGCCACACCUCCUCAUUCGCGCUUGCAACCAGCUUGGCCAUUUCCUGCAACACCGAGAGACUAACUUGCGUUACAUGGCGCUCGAAGGGCUCUGUCUUUUAGCAACAUCGGAUUCGUCGCACGAAGCCGUCAAGAAACACCAGGAGACCGUGGUAGCUGCUUUAAAGAUGGAGCGUGACGUCAGCGUCCGUCAGAAGGCGGUGGAUUUGCUUUACGCCAUGUGCGAUCGCACCAAUGCGCAGCUCAUUGUAGGCGAGAUGUUGAGCUACCUCGAGACUGCAGACUAUGCCAUUCGUGAGGAGAUGGUGCUUAAGGUAGCCAUCCUUGCUGAAAAGUAUGCAUCAGACUAUGCAUGGUAUGUUGACGUAGUGCUCAACCUCAUCCGUGUGGCAGGUGAUCAUGUUAGUGAAGAAGUUUGGUACCGUGUCGUUCAGAUUGUAGCCAAUCGGGAGGAUGUCCAGGGUUAUGCAGCCAAAGUUUGCUUCCAGGCACUUCAGGCACCAGCCUGCCAUGAAAAUAUGGUCAAAGUAGCUGGCUAUGUUCUUGGAGAGUUUGGCAACCUCGUUGCCGGAGACCAGCGCUCUGCCCCGGCAGUUCAGUUCCGCCUGCUUCAUUCCAAGUACCACCUGUGUAGCGCUCCAACACGUGCCCUUUUACUGACCACCUACAUCAAGUUUAUUAACCUUUUUCCCGAAAUAAAGGCUGAAAUCCAAGAGGUGCUGCAAAGUGACAACAAUCUUCGCUGUUCCGAUGCUGAACUGCAGCAGCGCUCAGUUGAAUAUCUUGGUCUGAGCCGUAUUGCUUCACCCGAUGUGCUUGCCACUGUUCUGGAAGAAAUGCCUCCUUUUCCUGAGAGAGAAUCAUUUAUACUUGCAAUGCUGAAACGUAGAAAGCCUGGUCUUAAAGAAACUACAUGUGAAACUGCUCCACCGCCAACACCACCACGAUCUGCAGAGAGCAGUGCUAAGUUGCUCGUGACCAAUGGAGGAGGUGUGGAGGCUGACCUCUUGGGACUUGCAAUGCAGCCUUCUGAGGAGCAAUCCCAACCUGUUGCUGCACCUAUUAGUGCUGAGGAUGGUCUUCGAAAAAUGGUGUUGCGCAAUGCUGGUGUCCUGUUCGAGAAUGACAUCAUUCAAGUUGGCGUCAGAGCCGAGUUCAAGCAGAACCUCGGCCGCCUUAGCCUCUUCUAUGGCAACAAGAGCACCUUUCAGCUGCAGGGUGUGACAUCUACUGUGUCCUGCCGUGGAGACCAAGCAACCAAGCUUUUUGUGCAGGCCAAGCCAGUCGAGAAAGUAAUCGAUGCUGGCUCCCAAAUUCAACAGAUUGUCAGUGUAGAAUGCCUUCAAGAGUUCCAAGAACCUCCAGAACUGUUGGUUCAUUUUCUUUAUGUUGGUAGUGCUCAGUCUGUGUCCCUUAAGCUUCCUGUCUUCCUAAACAAGUUUUUCGAGCCAACAGCCAUGACUGCUGAAAGCUUUUUUGCUCGCUGGAAAAACCUUUCAGGGCCACAGCAAGAAGAGCAAAAAGUAUUUCGGGCACGGUUUCCCAUGGAAGCUGCGGCCAUCAGAACAAAGUUGGAAGGUUUUGGCAUGCAGCUGCUUGAAGCUAUCGACCCAAACCCCAACAACUACGUCUGUGCUGGUAUUGUGUGCACACGUGGCCAACAGGUUGGGUGCCUUAUGCGGCUGGAGCCCAAUGUAGAAGCUCGCAUGUUCCGUCUGACUGUUCGUGCCAGCAAAAGCCAUGUUGCAAAAAUCAUGGUUGACCUUUUGUAUGAGCAUUUGUAACAGCACCACUCAUUGUGCCCACUGUUGGCUAAGAGAAAUAUACACAUUCUUUAUAAUAUAUGCUGCUGAUCAUUUUUCACAAAUAAGAUGCUCCAAGGUGCCUUGUUAGCAAAUAAAUCCCUUUUUGUUACA